AUGCCUGAAUUCAAAUCCCACAUUCGCGCUACAUUUGAACCCACAGAUACCAAAUUGUUAACAAAUACCCCUACAUCCCGAUUAUUAAUUGAAUCACCAAAACUAUCAACUGCCUUAUCCCAAAUUUUCCCAUAUUUAUUACUUAUUGACAAUUUUUUGGAAAUUCUUACAUGGACCAAUGAUGAUCAUUAUCAGAACUUUUUGUUGUUGACAUGCUAUUCCUGUAUUGUUGUGUACUGGAAUUGGGUAAGCCAUGUUAUUUUGCCUAUAUUGAUGACACUUGCAUUCUCCAGUAUAGUGUGGUUCAUCUCUUCGAUAAUUUAUGAUUCCAAGUACGAUGAAAAACCUACAAUUGAAGAAGUGUUGUACACAUUGCAUAAUAUAACUAUUAGAUGUGAGAUGUUAUUACGCCCCAUCAAACACGUUCCAAUUCAAAGAAAGCAUUUUAUAAAAUUGGUAAUUGCCUCCAUUUUUCUAACUCCCCUCAAUUUUGCAGUUCUGAAAACAUUAAUACCGCCUCAAAAGUAUAUUUUAUUUUUAGGGCUCUUUUUGUUCACAUUUCAUUCACCAUACUCGUUUGCCAUUCGGAGAUUGCUUUGGAGAUCAUUGUAUGUUAGAAUUGCCGUUCUUUAUAUAACUGGGUUGGACAUUAAAAUUAGAAAGGAUUAUGAUCCAAAUGAAUAUCAGACAGUUUCACGAGUUGCAAGUGCUAGCAACAGCGAUGCAGAAGGGUUAGGGGGUAUUCCAGUAUUAUCGGAUUUUAAAAUCAUAAAGAAACGAGUAGUUUCGCCUACACAACUUAAACAGACAGUGGUCUUUGAAAUUUUAGAGAACGAAAGGAGAUGGUUGGGUGUGGGUUGGUCGUCAUUGUUGUACCCUAGUGAACGUCCCAACUUUUGCUAUGACGGCUCGUUGAAUUUGGCUCCGAAUAUUACGGUUCAUAAAGAGAAUUUCCCGUUCCCAGUGUUUGAAAAUGACUUAUAUGCAUAUCUGUGGGAAUGGAUAGAUGAUGACUGGAAUUUGGAACUUGAAUACCAAAAAGCAAAAGCUCACGACGGGUGGGUCUAUUAUGACAGCAAUUGGGGUAAUGGAAGAGUCAGAGACGGAUUUAGUAGAUACACACGUUCAAGAAAGUGGACCAGAAGAGCCACAUUGAUUAUUGACAAAAGAGAAACCGUGUACGAUGAGUAG